AAAGAAAAAAGGACAUAUCAACCAGUAACAUAACAAAAUUGGCUGGAUGAAAUUACUUGGACAUGCUAAAUGUCUACAGUCAUGGGCGAUCGGUAAUCUUCAGUAAGGAAUCUUACUUUUUCCUUCAUCAACUUCUUUAAAACCAUGGCUGGUUGAGCAGCUGCGCAGGUGGUGGUGCAGCUAGCUUAUCUCCUCCUCCUUUUCCUCCAGGUUAAUAUCUGAUUUCACCCAUUAACACCUCUAUUCACAAGGUUAUGAAAUUUAGAUUAUUAAAAAUAGGACAGGAACAUAGCUUUGGAGCACUAAAAUAACAUAAACAAGAGAAAAAUAUGCAAACAAGUUAAAAUUUACAUAAAAUGAAUUAUUAAAACAAAAAAAGAGGUUAAAAUUACAGGAAAUAGAUCAAAGUUUUGAAUGUGAUAGUUUAGUAAUGCAUAACAUGUAUAAUGAUCCAACUUUCAACUCAAUGAACUUAAUGUUAAAAUUGAAGUGAUAUGAACAAAUAUGCAGCCCUGUUUGCCCCCCUUAAUGGUGCGACUCUUGGUUUCCCCCUCCUUGGGGGGUGGAAUCUUGUCCCUCUCCUUUAUCCAAUUGUUGGCCGUUGAUGGCUCUGAUUUUGGGGUGUUGCAUUCAUUGUAGUAUUCUGGUCUUUUUAGGCCUUUCUCUUGUAUGGGGCUUGGGCCCAUCACUUUUGAUUAAAUUUCUUUUCCAUACGUACACCGUAGACGCCUGUGAGCAGUGAGGCUGGCAAGUGGCAACCACAUAACCAGCGGUGUCUGCAGUAGCGAUUCCAUCCGAGGUCUCUCAACUUUGCAAUCCUGCUGUUUCUUCUGCAUCUCCCAACAACAAUGAGUUGGUAACAUGGUAAGAACCUCAUAAAUCUCCCCCAACAAUACUAAACCCAUGUUUUUUCACAACUCCUACUUUACAACCCACUUUGGAAAUCAAUUUUUUUGUUCCAAAAUUUCAAUCUUUUCCCUCUUCGAUCACCAGAAAUCUCCUUUUAGAUAUACCCAAAUUAGCAACUAUGUGAAUGUGUACAUGAAAUGGAAGAAAGAUCCAUUCUUUGACUCCAUACUACACAUCCAUAAAUCUGCUGAGCUUAAACCGAUUAUUCAACUCAAAAACUUCAUUGUGAAUUAUCCCAAUGGUUGUAUCCCAAUUUCUGCUGUUUCAAAAAGAGGCUUGGAAUUUGAUAUUUCCAUUAGGGUUGCUAGGUUCCUAAGGCAAUACCCUUCAGUUUUUGAGGAGUUUAGAGGUGAACACAAUUUGCCUUGGUUUAGGUUGACCUCUGAAGCUGCUGAGAUUGAUAGAGAGGAGAAAAGGGUAUUGGAGGAAUGCAAGGAGGAUUUGAAAGAUAGGUUGAGAAGGUUUGUUUUGAUGAGUAAAGAUAAAGUUUUGCCUUUGAAGAUUAUUAAAGGAAUGGCUUGGUAUUUGGGGUUGCCUGAAAGGUUUUUGGAUGAAUCAAAAGGGGAUCUUCUUGAUGAGUCUUUUAGGUUUGUGGAUAUGGAAGAUGGGUUGAAAGGAUUGACUGUUGAGAGUAAUGGAGAAAAAUUAUUGUCUAUAAUGCAAAGGAAUGCAAUGAAAAAUGGGGUUUAUUUUGGUGGUACGUUGGAAGGAAUUGAGUUUCCACUUUUUCCAUCAAAGGGUUUAAGGCUAAGGAGGAAGAUUGAAAGUUGGCUAAAUGAAUUUCAAAAACUUCCGUAUGUUUCACCUUAUGAGGAUUUUUGGCAUUUGGAUCCGGAUAGUGAUUUUGCCGAGAAGAGAGUUGUGGGGAUGCUUCAUGAGUUGUUGAGUUUAUUUGUUGAGCACUCAGCUGAAAGGAAGAAGCUUUUGUGUCUUAAGAAAUAUUUUGGAUUACCUCAGAAAGUCCAUAAAGCAUUCGAAAGGCAUCCUCAUAUGUUUUAUUUAUCUUUUAAGAACAAAACUUGUACUGCAAUUCUUAAGGAGGCAUAUUGUGGUAACUCUAGCAUAGAAAAACAUCCUAUGCUGGUUGUGAGGAAGAAAUACAUAAGGUUGGUAAAGGAAUCCGAUCGGAUUUUGAAGAAUAGAAGGAUAAACAAUCGGUUUAUUAAGCAUGAAAAGUUGGAGAAGGGUUCAGAUAUAGAUGCAGAUUCUGAUGACAGAACAGAUAUUCAAGCAGAAGAAGUAUCAAAGAGCUUUUGUUGAAGCUUAAUGCUUAUGCACUAGUUUGUCAGUGGGCAGGGGGGGAUCUGUUUUAGACAUUGUCACUAACUAGAGCAGUCAAGAAUGGCUUGUGUUAGAUUUGUUGCCACAUUCGAGCAUUCCUUUCAUCGUGGAGGUACUUUUUGAAACUUAUAAAUGGUUUAAAAUAUUUCAGUCAAUUCCAGAAUCUUUAAUUUCCAAAGGAAAUAUGCAAUGCAACUUAUCUUUGUUCAAUAGAAGCAGUAGUUAGUGUACAUAAUUCUUGAGAGAUUAUAGCUGACAAUACACCAUUCUGGUUAAACAAGGGAGACAACACCAUUUCCGUCUUUUCCCUUGGAUCCAACGUGUAAGAUUUUUGAAUUUACUUGUUUGCAAGUAAAAUAUGAGUACACAAUGAUUGUUAAGACUCUCUAUCAUUAACUUGUGUAAUUGUCCUGGUCACCUUUUUCACUCGAACACAACUUUGUGCUGAAAUUAUGUAUCGAAUGAUGGGCAAUUUCAGAGGGUUAAAGUUGCUCACACAUUACUACCAAAGUUUGAAUUUGAAAACCCUGUUGCACCGGCAUGUCUGUCUUCAAAAGUCAAUGAGAAGCAGUUUAAUAAGCUUGAAAGGUGCAUACAGAAGGCAAUAUACAAACUUAUAGGUAAGUUGGAUUGGUGUUUCAAGCUAUUUCUAUUAUAUAAGCUGAUAAUAUAUAUGCCUGUAUGGUGGGUUGGACUCUAAAACUUUUUUUCUGGCAAUAUCGUGUACUGGUGAUGAGGGUUGAUAAUAUAAGCUUCUUUUUUUUUUCUGGCAAUAUCGUGUAAGUUGGAUUGGUGUUUCAAGCUAUUUCUAUUAUAUAAGCUGAUAAUAUAUAUGCCUGUAUGGUGGGUUGGACUCUAAAACUUUUUUUCUGGCAA